AUGGCGAUGGACAAGCUUGACCGAUCAAGAUCCGAAGCCCUCGUCGAAGCAACUGGUUCGGAUGCCCGCAAUCAGCAGCACAAAAGCAUCAAGGUCCCUCGGGCUGGUUCUGCCGGGGGAUCGACGAGCCCUUCGGGGCAGCGGCGCGACUGGGAACGGUUCCACAGUAACGCGGAGCGGUUCGAGCGUCAACGGGCAGCAGUCGAAGGCUCGUUUGCCUUUUCCUUCGUGGAAGGUGUCCUUGUGAAGGCCAUCCGGGAAGGAAAAUGGGUGCUGCUAGAUGAGAUCAACCUCGCGUCUGCCGAGACCCUUCAGAGACUAUCGGGGCUGCUUGAGGGUGCGGAAGGCAGUCUUUGCUUGACGGAAAGAGGUGACAUGAAUCCAGUGGUGCGGCACAAGGACUUCAGGCUUUUCGCGGCCAUGAACCCGCCAACUGAUGCGUCUAAGAAAGACCUUCCUCCAGCCCUCCGCCGCAGGUUUUCUGAGGUGUACGUGCCCGAGCUCGACGACCGUGUGGACCUCAAGCAGGUCGUUGACGGUUACAUCUCGGACGGCGUGUCUGUGGACCACGACGGGCUGGCCUUCACGGCAGUGGAUCUGUACCUCUGGGCGAGAGGCUUGUCCACGGAGAGCUUGAGCGAUGGAGCUGGACAACGGCCUCGUUACUCUCUCAGGACCCUGGUCGGGGCUGUCUCAUGUGCCCGUCGUCUGGUGGACCGUGGCUUCAGCGCGAAGAGAGCGAUGGUGGAGGGCUACAGAUCCCUUUUUGAGACACAGUUGGACGGGGAUGGACGUGCGAAGAUUCUGAAGGGAAUCCUCCGAGCGUUCGGCAAGGGCAUGAGUGCCAAGGACCUGGAGAAGCCGCCACGUCGUCCAGGCGGAAGGGCGUCUAGCAGUGCUCCGUGGGUCAGGAUUGGACCCUUUUGGCUGGAGGGAGGGCCGCAUGACCCUGUCGACGCCGCGGAGCUGGACCCCACCACCAACCAGCGCAGGUUUGUCCUGACAGCUUCUGUGGGAGGUACCCUUCGGUGCUUGGCCAGGGCGGUGGCUUCUUCUGACUCUCCCGUGCUGCUGCAAGGUCCCACCAGCGCCGGCAAGACGAGCAUAGUGGAGUACCUGGCUGCACGACUAGGCCACCGCUGCGUUCGCAUCAACAACCACGAACACACGGACAUACAAGAGUACACCGGGAGCUACGCGGCGGACGGCAACGGCAAGCUGGCCUUCCAAGAGGGCGUCCUUGUUGAAUCCCUCCGGAAGGGCUACUGGAUCAUCUUGGAUGAGCUCAACCUGGCUCCUUCCGAGGUCCUGGAGGCCCUGAACCGACUUCUUGACCACAACCGCGAGCUGUACCUGUCGGAGACCCAGGAGACAAUCAAGCCCCACCCCAACUUUCGCCUGUUUGCCACACAAAACCCUCCCGGCGCUUACGGUGGCCGCAAGCCGCUUUCCCGCGCCUUCAGGAAUCGUUUCAUGGAGGUGCAUGUUGAUGAUAUUCCGGGCGCAGAGUGGGAAAUCAUCCUUGCCGAACGCUGUGGCCUCCCGCCGAGUCAUUGCAAGCUGCUCGUCAAGGUGCUUCACGAGCUUCAGGCUCAACGUCAAAGCAGCCGGCUUUUCUUGGGAAAACACGGCGCGAUUUCUCCGCGCGACCUCCUCCGGUGGGCCGGCCGGAAACCACAGGGGAAGCAGCAGCUGGCGGAGGAAGGGUACAUGCUGCUGGCCGAGCGGCUGCGAAGCGCGGAAGAGAAGGCCGCCAUGAGAGCCGUACUCGAAGAGCAGAUCGGCGUGCCGUUAGAUCCUGACUGCCUCUACGGCACGUCUCCGCCUCCCAGCCAGAAACACGCGGGAGAGGCCAUCGCCGUAAACGCAAUGGAGACCGGUGAAGAUUUUUCGUUAGUGGACGAGUCUGAUCUUGGAGGAUUCUCGCAGUUGGCUGUUAUCGAGCCGAUGCUGGACAGGGGCGAGGGUCUCGAGGCUGGUCUUCAACGAGUGGCGAUGACCAGGCAUAUGCGACGAUUGUUCCGCCUUUCCGGGCGAUGUCUGAGCCAUAUCGAGCCGCUGCUUCUCGUUGGGGCUACUGGGUGUGGCAAGACGACCGUGUGCCAGCUGUACUCGAUGCUGCUCCAGCGUAGGAUGCACGUCGUCAACUGCCACCAGAACACUGAGGCCGCUGACCUUCUUGGCGGCCUGAGGCCGCUGAGGGGUCGAGACGUCCUAGUCGAGGAGCUCCGAGAUAGGGCCAAAGUGUUCGUUGAACGUUGUACCAAGGCAGGGCACGAAGGCGGAGAUGGUAUGGAGUGGACUGGGGACAACCUCGACGUGGUCGGCUUGAUGGCGGCUGUGCAGGCCGCGUGGGCCAAACUGCGACAAAAACAGUCUUCCCGGGGCGUGGGAGGUGACGGAGACGUGAACGGAGCUAAGGUUUCAGCAGAAGCUUAUCGGCGGAAGCAGAAACGCGCUUAUCCUGAACCUGAUUCCCCCGAGUGUGCGGUGAGCGGCAAGCACGGCUUCGUCGGUGCCUCCAACGAAAAUGACCAUCGACCUGACGUCGUUUCGGUAAAGGCGAGAGCGGUCGCAGAGCCGUCCACCGGCGGCCGGAGGCGGAAGAGUGGAGGGGCAAAACGGAGGAAGGCAGCGGCUGAUGAGUCGUCCAGACUACAAGGUGCCUCGGACGACCAUGAGCGUCCGCCUCCUCCCGCAGCGGCAGACAGGAAGGACACGGUUGUUGGUCCUAACCCGACCCCUGGAGAGAGUACCGGGUUGGAAGAACAAUACGCCCUCGAGAGGGAGUUUGUGUCGCUCAAGGCAUUGGCGGUGCGUACGAAGGGGCUGUUCGAGUGGGUGGACGGGCCUCUCGUGACCGCCAUGCGGAAGGGUGAACUGAUUCUUCUGGACGAGCUUUCCUUGGCUGAAGAUGCCGUCCUUGAGAGACUGAACUCUGUACUUGAACCCGGCCGGUCCAUCACGUUGGCGGAGAAGGGGGGGAAGGGUGCCGUCGGCGGCGAGGGCGCGGCGGAGGCAGUAGUAGCCGCUCCGGGAUUUAGGGUGAUGGCGACGAUGAAUCCAGGCGGGGACUUCGGUAAGCGGGAGCUGUCUCCAGCGCUCCGAUCUCGGUUUACAGAGGUCUGGGUGCCCGCACUGUCAGAUCGAGAGGACAUGGAAGGCGUGGUGCAAAAGGCAUUUCGUUUCGGGAACAACAAUUCGAUGGCAAGCACGGACCUCACCAGAAUGGCCGGCCCGAUGCUUGACUUUGCCUGGUGGUUCAACAGUACGGCGUCGUCAUCGCUGGGCGGGGGUCAUGGUUUAUCGUUGUCGGUCAGGGACCUGCUGUCAUGGGCAGGUUUCAUCACCUCGUCGGUGACAAGCUCGUCUCCGGAUAGCCGAUCAUCUGAACCGGGGCUGCGGCCUUGGGAGGCGUAUGUGCAUGGGUCUGCCUUGAUCUUGUUGGACGGAAUGGGACUCGGUGCGGGGCUCUCGCCUUCUUCGGUUGUUCGUCUUCGACAGGCCUGCGUCAAGUUCCUCAAGGGGCAGAUACCAUCGUGUCCCGAGCAAACCUCGGCGCUAGGUCAGCUGGACAGGGAUGGAGGAGAACGUCCGGACAAGCUUACGUCACUGGCGUUUGAAGUCCGCGAAUUGACGUCCGUGAAAAUGGAAGACGCGGCUGAAGAGACCACCGGCACGCCUCGUUUCGUUUUUGGUGUGGAACCGUUCUUCACCCCCUGCGGACCUGCUAAGGUGUUGGGGUCUGAGAGCGCGAACCUGGACUUUUCCGUUGAGGCGCCGACUACUUCCAAGAAUCUUCGACGGGUUCUUCGAGCGCUUCAGAUACGAAAGGCAGUCCUCCUGGAGGGCAGCCCUGGUGUAGGGAAGACUAGCCUCAUCUCCGCACUGGCAGCGGCAACGGGACACGAGCUUGUGCGGAUCAAUCUUUCGGAGCAAACGGACGUGUCCGAUCUCUUCGGCUCGGACCUUCCCGUUCCCGAUACGGACUCAGGCGAACAGACUGGCCAACCGACCGAAGGCAGCGCCGGAAACAACGCUCGGUUUUCGUGGUGCGACGGGGUUUUUCUGAGCGCGCUGAAGGCUGGCAGAUGGGUUCUGCUCGACGAGCUGAACUUGGCUACUCAGAGUGUGCUCGAGGGCCUUAAUGCUUGCCUGGAUCACCGUGCCGAGGUGUACAUCCCGGAGCUCGGGCGUUCGUUUAAAUGCCCUCCGACGUUCAAGGUCUUCGCGGCGCAGAAUCCUCUGGGACAAGGUGGUGGCAGGAAGGGUCUUCCUAGAUCUUUCCUCAGUCGCUUCACCAAGGUAUAUGUGGAUCCACUCACCCCGGACGAUCUGCUGUACAUCGCGGUCAACAAGUUUCCUUCCCUCGCAGCACCGCCAUCGCCAUCAUCAUCACCUGUGUCAUCCGACGCUGCUCUGAUUGCGGCCACGGACGGCAACAGCCAGGAUAACGAGAAAUCGUCAUGUAUUCCUUGCGAUGCGGCGUCCAUGCUCUCACGCAUGAUUGCGUUCAACAGCUUGGUGCAAGAGGAUACGAUGGCGGCUGGGCGCUACGGGCGAAGAGGCUCUCCCUGGGAGUUCAACCUCCGUGACGUCUUCCGGUGUUGUUCCGGCUGGCGCGAAGGAGGGAUUGGGACGCACCCGGUGCUGAAGGUGACUCCGGAGUGGAUGCAGGUUGGGCAGACCGUGCUUCCACGCGGGUGUUGGGGAAACGGGACCUCGGCAUCGGAUGGUGACGCGGAUGGCCUAAGGGCGGGCAUAACGAUCCCUCUUGCGUUGAGGAGACCGUUGCAGGCUCUGGCGAGGUGUGUGGCGAUGGGCUGGCCGGCCUUGGUGAUUGGGCAUCGCGGGUCUGGGAAGUCAGGCAUUAUCAAGGGCUUGGCCGCUGGCGUGGGGGCUCGUCUUACGGAGGUUGCCAUGACACCGUCUGUUGACGUCACAGAACUGCUCGGAUGCUUCGAACAGACCGAUGCGAGGGCGGUGCAAGAAUCUCUUGUCGAAACGCUGGAAGAGUUGGCGGACAGGACAUGUCGCUUGUUGCUCGAGGUCUCGGGCGAUAUCCUGCCGGAGGCUGCCGUUACUGCGGGCGCGGUGUGGGAUGCUCUGCACGCAGUGCGUCGCUCGUACCGCAACGCAAUGGCUCCGGGUCUUGAUGGAGGGCCUCAAGGCAACAUCCUGGGCUUCACUUCUCAGGGAAUGGGUGCAGUCGACCAUCUCUUCUUGCUGCUCAAGGCAGCCAAGGAACGCAUCCGAGCUGACCCGAACAUGACCGGCACGGAAACAGCGCGCAUGAGCGAGACAAACUCCCUGGAACGGUGGGUAGAAAGGGCGGUAGCCCUCGCUACGACUGUGCGGCAGCAAGCGGCGACCGACGCCGCUAUUUCGGCCACUUCGGACGGCAGCGCGGACGGUUCCGGCGGCGGUGCUCGGGGCAGAAAGUCGUCUUCUGCAUCUUGCUUCUGCUGGAGCGAUGGCGUGCUGGUUCAGGCUCUGGAAAGGGGAGACUGGGUUGUGUUGGACGGCGCCAACCUGUGCUCUUCCAGUGUUCUGGACCGGUUAAACCCCCUUCUGGAGCCUGGAGGUGUCCUACCCCUCACGGAAUGCGGCACUUCAAGCGGCAAUGGACAAGAAGGCGCCAACGGGGCGUCUUCCACCAGCCACCGGACGAUCCGACCGCACCCCAACUUUCGGCUGUUCUUGACGGCGGACCCGUCCUGCGGUGAAGUCUCCCGCGCAAUGCGGAACCGUUGCGUGGAGGUGUCUCUGGUUGACGCGCUGCCGGCAGUUGCCGUUGUCCCCGCUCAACCGGCAACGGCUGACGUCGGCGCUGGGGCUGACGAGGAUGCUUUACCGGCCAAGGCCGUCACCGAGCAUGCCGCAGACUUUCUGUCGAUGGGAGACGAUGAUUAUGUUGACGCGUGGCUGCGGUGUCUCCCGCUGGCGUAUCCGAGGUCGAGCCCAGGAGGUGGAUCGUCAGCCGAGAUGAAACUGGCCAGAACUGUUGUGUCGGUCUGCAUGGCCGGGCCUCUGGCUUCGGGGUCGGAGGAGUCGUUUUCUUCUGCCGAUGUGAUCGAUUCCGUUGUGCCUUGCGGCUGGAGGGAGACCGUGAAGGACAGCGUCGUAAGGCAGGUCUUGCAGGACGUGAAGCUGGUCGAGAUCGUCCUCGCAGCGAGCAGCACCGAAGCCUCUGCGGGAGGCGAUCGUUGCCUCUUGCCGCUGGUCGUUGACGCUGUUGGCGGUGGGCAAUCGCCGCCCUUCACGGACUUAAGACUGGAGCCGGACGAUGCGGCUCUACUGCUCACGGCUGGAGAGGCCGCGUCUACUUCGAGUCGGUUGGCCUGCAGGGAGGUGGCGGAGCUGGCGACUUCCGGGCAGGAUGGCCAAGAGUUUCCUAACAGGUUGCUUGGAGGAGUGCGGUCGGUGAUGGAAGCACGUGAUACCUUGUCGGGGUUGCUGGUCGUGGCGUCCGCCUCGAAGGACGAAGGGGCUUGCGCUGAUGCUGCUUCCACAAGAGGGCCUCGGGGGGAGCUGCUGUUCGCGUGGGAUCCGUUCUUAGUGUCGUGGCGGUGGCUGCAGCAGGGAUUGGAGGCCCUCCGCACGACAUUGGGUGCUUCUCCUACCGUCAUUAGCCUUGCCAACGUGUCCUCAGCGUUUGCCACUCUUGACGCUGUGGGGGCCCGCGUGAACGCCGCCGUAUUGCAGCACGCGGGGGGUGCCGCACCGACCAGGGACACGCUUUGGAAGCACGGGCCUAGGGCGGCCGCUCCUUCCUCUGCUGCUGGGGCGAUUGCUCUCGCGCGGCUCGGCCGUCUCGCGGAUGAGUUCCGGAUAUUGCCGUCCACUUGUUCGGUAUCUGCGGAUUCUGGUGUGGUGUCCCUCGGAAGCCUAAUGCGGAAGGCGCAUCCCUCCCUCUCUGUGUCGCGUGACAUGCGCGGGGAGCUUUUGCACGCGCUUUGCACUCUCCAGUGGGUGUUCUCCAAAGAGCAGGUCGAGGAUGGUACUGGUGUUUCGUCGCACCCGGUCGCUUUGCCCAACAACGAGGGAGAUGGCGGCGGCGUUUCUCUUGCUGCGCGUUUGCCGGAGUUGCUCGAGGACACCCUCAAGUCUUCCCGCGCCCGCUUCGAGGCUGCGCACAAGGGUACUCGGCUCGGUGGUGCCGAUCGGCGGGAUGACGGCCUCGAGCAUCACCAGGAUGACUUGGAGUUCGGAGAGAGGUUUGACGACUUCGACACCGAGGCGACAGAGGCGGUGGCUAACGCUACGCUCCUUGUGGUGGCCGGAGAUUCUGGUUCUGCCGGUCGUGAUGAAGAAGUUUCUCAUGGCGGCGGAGGCGUGAUGCAGGACUGGGCGGCCGUUCAGCUCUCCCCGUUGAUGGAGCACUGGAUCGCUGUGGAGGAGUGCGAAAUUCUGGCUGCCCUCGCCGGGCUCGACGUCGCCGCUGCUCUUGGAGGUCGAGAGAAUGUGGUGGGAGUCAGCUCGGAGCCGCGCCUCAUGGCGCGCUUGUCCAGGCUGCGUUCGGCGAUUUUGGCGACGCCUUCGCUCUCGCCUGCCGCGGCGCGUCCACACCAGACCUUGCUGUGGGCUUUGGACGAUUCGAGUUCCUGGCCCGAUGUUUUGGCACCCCUGCUGAAGCGGCUGCUUCCGGUGGCCAUGGCAUCCUUUGGUCGUCGCCUCUGGGAUAAUGUCGUGGGUGCUCCCGAGGCGUUGUCGCUCCAGCUUGCUCCACCCGAGAUGGUUGACGGCGGCGGCGAGGGACACCAGGACUACACGCCGACAGGCUCGCCCGACACAUGGUUAGCAGGAGGCAAGCGGCACGUGGUGGACUUGACCCUCAUGAACGCCUCUGCGCGACUCGGGCAGUUUAGGACGGCCAUGCGCCGCGUGCGGGACCUGACGUACGGUGGCGGCGGCGGUUGGGGGGGUGAGCCAGGCGGUGCGCUCAAACCAUUGGUGCAGCUGGCGUGGGCCAGGUUCUGCCGCACGCUGGGCGCGUUCGAUGACGUGCAGGCCACGGGAGUCGAAGCGCCGGCCACCUUCGCAGCUGCUCUGUUUGCUGCCGGCGGAGAAAGUAGUGUUCCGUUAUCUACUUCGUGGGGGACGGUUGAGGGACCGCUCCGCCAAGCCCUUAAAUCCUGCCCAGACCAGCGGCUUGCCGCUCAAACAGAUUUGCUGGUUUUACCUGCGGCUCGGCACCUCCUUGUUGCCAAGGAAGAGCUGGUGGGUCAAAGGGCGGAAGGGCCGACGGCACGUGUUGAGGCCUCUGCGGGGCUUGGGAUGGCGCUUCUCGGGUGCCUGAAGCUCGUCCUGCUUCUGCCUUCCUCUCCUGUGGAUCCGGGUCUGAAGCCUGCUCUCAAGAGGGAGCUCUUGGGGGAGAGGCUGGGCGGAUACCGAGGGGAGCUCACGGUUAGGCGGUGGUCUAUGAGACUCGAGGGAGGCGGGGACGUGUCUCCCGAGAUGUUACCCCUGCUGCAACAAGCUCGGAGCCUUCGCGACGAGUGUACCCGGCUUGGGCUCGAGGCCAUCGAGCGUCCUGACGGCCGCCCGACUUUCCAUUCGCUCUUCCGUGACGUCCACGCCUUCGCGAGAGGCCUCGCCGACCCCGGCCGCGUCACGGCUCUGGCACAUUCUCUCGCGCGAUUCGUAGGGGGCGUGGCUGGGCUGGAGGAGGAUUGGGGCGCAGGAAAGGGCAAGGCUCUGGAUCGAGCGGCUUCGCUUCAGGAAGAGAUGGUGUGGCAGGACGCCGCCGGUGCUUUCGUGACGAGGCUCGGGCUUCGGGUGCUUGCGGCUGCUUGCUCGUCCGCUGCCUAUUUCAGCCCAACAGACGCCACGCCGCUGGGGAAGGUGGCACCGAGACCCUUGGCCAAGCUCCAGGGUACGCUUCUUAGCUUCCCGUACCCUUGCUGUGAGGGACUGACUCGUGCUGGGGACGGGUCCGGGGAAGGUCUCGGCGAAGCGUUGCGGUCGACGCUAGGCUCUGGUGCUGACGGGGGUGGUGGCGCUGGUGGCGGGGCUUUCGGGGCUCAGCAUAUGAUGCUGUUGCAGGCGGUGCUGUCUCGUGCGGAGUUGUUGCUGUCGUCCGAGUGCUCGGCCCAGCCGGCCGUCGAUGCCGCCGUGUCUGCUAUGGAAGGAGCAGUCGACGCUUGGUCUCGGGUGGAGGCGGAAGAGGCAGAGAAGCGCCGCAAGGAGGCUGAGAUCCUCAAGUACAAGAUGCAAGAGCACGUGGUGGAGUCAGAGGAAGCGAUAAACCUCGCCAAACUUCGGGCUCUAUUCCCGGACUACCACAGCGGUUUUAAGGACAUAAUGGCCGAGAACGCGCCCGCCGACAGCGGCGAGCAGGACGAAGCUGCCGAUGGGGCUGGGACCAGCGAGGGCGCUCUCGACGCGCGCGCCAAAGCUCUCGGCCACAUGUCGGACAAGCACCUCUCAUCCCUCGUUGCUCGGCAUUGCCGCAUCUUCUUGUCGCUGUCGGCAAGAAGACGCCGCUUGUUGCGCGGUCUGUUUGCAUCUCGGGGAGGCACAUCCCCUGAAACGGCUGGUUUCGUUGGCGGAAGGUCCUGUAGCGACGCCGAGAGGCUGGUCGCGUUUAGAGACUCGUACCGGUCUUCUGUGCUUCUGGCCGCCCCCACGUCGAAGCUCUCUUCCUGUGUUGUACUCGCUUCGCCCACCUUGGCCGACGCGGCUUGCCCGGUUUUGCACAUGGAAGGCGCGUUUGCGGGGUCACACCUGCUGGCCCUCGCGGAUGCGGCGAGAUUGUGCAAGACCGGUAGGAGCUUGCUGGAGGAUGCCGCCGCGGGCGGCGAACCCACCGCGUCGAAAAAGGCUUCGAAAAAGGGCAGGGGAGACGGUGUUGUUGGAGUUGGAGUUGCUGGGUGGCUCGGCGAGGGCGCGGUCAGGAGAAAUCUUCUCUUGGUAGACCCUCUGGUGAACUUCCACUUGGACGGCAACGUUGCCGAGACGAGGCUUGCGGACGGCCCUUUGGCGUCGGUGCUGCGGAGAGUUGCGGGUUUGCUGGAAGAUUUCCCUGGUCACGGCGUUCUCAUACAGCUUGCGAGGGUCGCCGACCGUGUACGCCGCAUGCCGUUGCAUUCACCCCUGGCUGCGGUACUCGCCGGUGUCGAGCUCACGCUUCGGAAGGCUCAAGACUGGGAGCAGCACGCACACCGCGGGGUUAGUCUCAAGGACGAGCUGCGGUCCCUGAGCUCUCUGGUGGUGAGGUGGAGGGCCAUCGAGCUCAAGAGCUGGCCGCAGCUGCUUGAUGCCCGGGAAGGCGCUUUCGUGCUGAAGGCAAACCGCUGGUGGCUGCAUCUCCACCGCCUUCUGACGGGAGAGUGGAACAAGGACCUGCAAGCCUCCAACCCUUUGCAACUCCAGCGUGACCCCGCAGCUGCACCGGGAGGGGUGCCUGUUUCCGAUGGCCCAGCAGCUGUACAGCAAGUUCCUGGCGGUAAGGUUUUCAAGGCCCCUGAUUGGCCCAGUGCCAGCGGGUACUUCCCCGAUUGGCUCUGGUCUGGGCUGGUAUCGAAGAAGGGCGCGGGUGUCGCAGAGGAGUCAUCAGGAGGCCUCGAUGCGGCAUCGCUCGACCACGCGCGAGGUCUAUUUCAGCCUCUCGACGACUUCCUGCGCACGUCCAACAUCGGAGAGUUUUUCGCCAGGUUGCAGAUGCUGAGAGCCUUCGCCGCACAGCUGUGUUCCUCCUCGAACGGUGCCACCACUGCUUUCCGUGAUGAUCCGAAUGAUUCGAAGACUUGUACGAGGCGAGCACAGGCGUUGGGUAUCGUGGUGCAGGGCCUGUGGCAGUACUACUCGCAGUUUUCCGAGGAAGUGGAGAACGCGAGAUCGCUCGUCCGCAAGAGCAUCGAGAAGAAGCUGAAGGAGGAAGCUAAGCUCGCAAAGUGGGACGAACAGACGUACUACUCCCUGGCCGAGUCUUCGGAAAAGUCGCACCGGAAACUGUCUAAGCUGGUGUCCCAGUACGACGAGGUGCUGGAAGUGUCGGUAUCGGAGGUGCUCCACCGCACUCUCAUCGCCGGCAUCGGGGAGAGGCAGGAAGGCAACAACCCGAACCCCAUGGCCCCUUGCACCGAGAUUCCGACGCUUGGAUCGAUGUUCUCCGUCGUCAAGAAGGUGGACACCGCGGUCGAUUUCCUCGAUGAUGACAAAGAAGAAGAACGGAGCGAUUUGGACGGCUCGCUGAAGCAGCAGCAGGAGCAGCGGCCUGAGGGCGGCGUCGACGGGAAAACGCAUCCCGCUCCUGCGAAACCCUCCAAGCCGAAACGGCUCACCUCCAAGACCACGCCGGCCGCCGGGAACUCCCUCGAGCUUCUCGACGCGUGCCUGCCGGUGGCACCGCCAAAUCAUACCGCCUCCAUGCCUGGACUCGCUGCUGGGGACACGGGGGAGACUCCUGUUUGGUUGAAGGAGGCUCUAUUCUCGACCGGCAGCUCCGACGCCACCGCCGAAACUGGUGUCGUUUCGAGUACGGCUGCGGCGGGACCACCGUUGGUGGCUCGUCUGGCACCACUAGCGCAGCGCAUGCGGUCGUUGCUGCUGCGGGGUGUUUACGCCCGUGGGCGUACUGGUUCGGGUUGGGGGUGGGCGGAUGGUGGUCGGCCUGCCGGAUUUGUCGGCGCGGGUCUGGCGGAGGAGCUGUGCCUGGCGGUGUUUGCCCGGAUCCAGGGCUUGAGGGCGAAAGGCGUUGGGAAGCAGGUCAAGAAGCGUGCGGUGCUUGAUCUCCUGGGAGGCAUGCGAAAGCAGGGGCUCUCCCACGCCAAGUCCAACACUCCUCCCCAGACUUCCGACAUGCUCCACGUCAUGGCGCUAGCGCAGCCCUUUUGCGAAGAUGGCCUCGCCGGCUUCGACGUCGCCUGGCUUUUCUCCGGAGAAGGCGGAACCCGCAAGGCUGAGGUUAACGGCACCGAUGAGGUCGCUGCUGAUUUAUUGAGGAGGAGUGAGCGGUACUACCUUCGUGGCGUGAGCGAGGUGUCGAGGCUGCGCUUGGAGGCGGGAGCACCCGUGUCGAGCGACAUGACACGCAGGGAAGCGGAGGUGAUGCGCGGUCUGGCCGAAAACCUCGGGUUGCUGGUGUUGCAGCAAAGGGGCGCCGCCACCGCCCUCGAAUCGGACCUCCUUUCGUUUCUGCAGGAGGUCAGGGCGAUCCAGUCCCUGACCACGGACUACGGUAUUUCCGCGGCGAGCGCUGCGGAAGCAUCUCCCCGGACUACUGCUGGCGAACCGUCAGCUAUCCCACCGCAGUCCACCCUUCGGCUGGCGUUGGAGACUCAGCGUCGGGGGCUUCUGAGAGGCCUCGAGGCUGUGCGCGAAGUGCAACUGUUGCACACGGCGAUGGCAGGCGCUGACCCUCCGGUUGCCUCGACAUCAUCUCCGGAGUCUCGGCUGAGGACAGCCAGAGGCGGGGAGGGGUGGGGCGAGGCGGCCACCGAUGCCGCAACAUAUGCCGAGGUCAAAACCGCCAUUGAUUCCCUCGAGCGAUCCCUCUCGGGGAUGCUCUGCGCCGUCCAGCGAUACCCCCCCCCGUCUACCAUCCACGGUGCAGCUUUGGAGGUCGGCGAUGAUGCUGAACAGGCGGCGACGCCGCUGCUAGCCGCGCGGGCGGCCCGCCUUGUGGUAGAAAACCGAGAGGCAUUGCGAGCUCGCUCGGCAGACGCAAGGGAGAUAUCCGACCGUUUCGCCGGCGUUCUGCCCCGCGCGAUGCUCGUGAGGGUGGCCACCCACCUGUGCGAUGUGGACGUGAGCGUCGGGUCCGCGCUUGAUGGGAACUCGGCCAUGCGCUCGUGGCUUCUGGCCGAUGCAGUUGCGGUUGCCGAUGACAGCACCGCCGCCGAUGGCUGCUGCAAGGAGACUGAAGGUUAUGGUGACUCGCGGGAAGCGGCAGCCAAGCACGCCACCGAGGUCGGAGAGCGGUUGACGGCUGCCGUAAAGGCAAUGCUGCUUUCGGUCCAGUCUCUCUGCCCGCGGGCGGAAAAAGGACCGGCGGAUGGUACGGGUUCGCCGUCACCAGUGGCUGCGACGGACGGCGGUAAUGCUGACGGUCAAGACGAGGAGGAGGAAGAUGCCUGGUCUACCGGGACCACUCUCUUCGAAGCGCACGCCUCUGCGUUCGAGCAGGCCAGGGGGCUGAAGCUGUGGAGGUGUGCAUCGGCGAUGGCGUCUGCACGGCUUGCCCUCAGGGAUUUUGCGGAGGAUGAGGCGGUUCUAGGCGCUUCGGCCCGGGACGCCGCGGCUGCGCUUGUUGCGCUCUGCCGCGAGGUGCUGGUGCUGGCCGAGCAGGUGUUGUCCGCCGGGAAGGCUGUGCUGAUCGGCAUGGUCGCACUCAACAAGGGAACGGCAAAGCUGCAUUACGUGACGGUUCGGGUGUUCCGCACGUUACUCUCCAAGGGACUAUGCUCGGACGAGAGUGAAAAGGGAGAGGGGGAGGGAGACGGGGACAUUGAUGGAAUGAAGUUCGACGACGAUGUUGAGGGUACGGGCAUGGGCGAAGGCGAGGGCAAGAAAGACGUUACGGACCAGAUCGAAGACGAGGAGCAGCUUCUUGGCCUCAAGGGAGACGAAGAGCCGGAUAAAGACCAGGCUCAAGAGGCCAAGGAGCUAGGUGAAGACGACCAGGACAAGGGAAUGGAAAUGGAGAAUGACUUCGAGGGGGAGAUGUUCGACGUGCCGAAGGGAGACGAGAAAGACCAAGAUGACAAGGCGGACGACGGGGAUGAAAAGGAGGAACUCGACCGCGAAAUGGGAGACCUCGGAGACGAUGCCGAUGUUGUGGACGAGAAGCUGUGGGACGAGGAUGACGAAGACGAAGAUCAGGAGGAAGGGAACGACCAGGGGGAGGAGAAGUUCGAAGCUGGGUCUCGUCUGGACGGAGAAAAACCCGAAGAAGACGAGAUUCGCACCAAAGAGGAUGGCCAAGACGAUGGUGACAAGGGAGAUGGCAAGGAGGAUGACGAGGGCAAGGGAGAUGACACCAAAGAAGACAAGAAGGGUAAGGAGGGCGAGGAUGGUGAUGGUGCGGACGGUCAAGAUGGGAAGGAAGGCGAGGAUGGCGACGAAGGGGAGGGAGAAGCAGAAGGAGAAGGCCCAGUCAACGAUGAUCUAGAGGAUAACUACGAGGACAAACCUAUGGGUGUCGAGGUGCGUGGCGAAGACGAGGCGAUGGAAGUAGACGAGGAGGGUAGGGAUGUCGAGGAAAAGGAAGAGAAGGACGGCAAUGGCAAAGGGGACGAAGAAGGAGACGAAGACAUUCCAGACGACCUUAACUUGGACAAUGCUCAAGAGGAUGGUGGCGACGAGGAGGGCAAGGAGGGAGAGGGGGAUGAUGAUGACAAGGGGGGAGAUGGAGAGGACGAAGACGAAGAGGGCAAGGAGAAAGAGGGCUUCGAGUCCUUGGCCCCUGAAAAGGACGGGGAGGAGGAGGAGGGGGAAGACUUGAUGGAAGACGAACAACAACCUCAGGGUUCGGGUAACCCUGGUCCCGCCGACGUUGAGGCAAUGGAAGAAGAGAAGAGGGAAGAAGAAGGCGACGAUGAGAAAAAAGAAGAUGGUGGAGACGAGGAGGAGGAUGCUGCCGUGGAGGAAGAGACGAAGAGGGCCGAGGGAGCGGAAGAGCCCCCGGCGUUUGGCGUGGAGGGGGAAGGUGGCGAUAGCUCUGUGCUCGAAGCAGCCAAGGAAGAGGGAGACGGAAGGCCUACGGAGGACGAGAAAGGAGAAGAUGAAGAGCAAGACAAAGAGGAGGGGCAGGAUGGUGGAGGGAGUGCUCCCGAUGGGCGAGAUGAUGGAGGCGGUGGUGGUCAGGGGGAAGAGGGAGAGGGAGGAGAGUGGCGACCCGACAUGUCAGGCGGAGAAGGGAAGGGAGAAGGUCAAGGCAACGAUAAGAGAAGGAGACCGGAUGCCCCCAAUCCGUUCAGAGAUCCUGGGGAUGCCAUGCGGCAUUGGCACCGUCGUCUGGACAUGCUGCAGGAUAAGGGCAAGGAAGAGGCCGCCCAGGAGGGGGAGGGGGAGGGGGAGAAGGACCUCGGCGAUGACACUGGUGAUGGUGAAAAGGAAGAUGGUGAUGGUGGAGAGGGCAAGUUCGAGUACGUUACUUCCACCGAGAGAGGUUCCAGCCAGGUGCUCGGAGGCGUUUCCGAAGAACAAGCCGCUGAAGCUGCCCACGAGGAACAGAGGAAGGCCCAAGACGAGCGGGAUGGGGAUGAUGACGAGGAGGGCAACGUUGUCGAACAUCCGGAUGGGGAUGGUGAUAACGCUGAUGCGAAUGAUGGAGUCGAGGCCAUGGACCAAGACCAUGAACAAGAGGUGCCCAGAGCUGAUGGUGAUGAUGAAGGUCUUGACAAAGAUGGUUCGGAGGUGGUUGAUUCUUCCAGAAAGAGCGGCAAGCGGAGGGACAAGGACGGCCAUCGGGAAGAUGUGGAAGACGGGACGGACCCACAGCAGGAAGACGGGAACGAAGACGAAGAACCCCCUGUCCCCGACACCGAAAACGCCUCCCUCGACCUCAAUUCCUUGGAGGAGCCACCCCCGGGUGCCGGAGACAACGCCAACGGUGCCAUCGUCACAAAUCCUCUUGCCUCUCGUGGACACCAAGAAGAAGAAGAAAAUGGGCGACAAUCUUCCCGGGGCCGUGAGACCAGGCUCAGGGAGGAGCUCCACGCGCUGGCGGAGGAGUUGCAACGGGUGAAGCGUGACCGUGACGGGCAGGAAGGCCGUGAGGUCUCGCGGGAGCUCUGGGGUAGGCUAAGGAGCGUCACCGGCGCGCUGUCCCAACGACUGUGCGAGCAGCUUCGUCUCGUGUUGGAGCCUAUGGUGGCGACGAAGUUGCAGGGGGACUACCGGUCGGGGAAGAGGAUCAACAUGCGGAGGGUUAUCCCGUACAUCGCGUCGGGGUUCAGGAAGGACAAGAUCUGGCUGAGGAGGACCAAGCCCGCUAAGAGGGACUACCAGAUUCUGAUGGCCAUCGACGAUUCUGAGUCUAUGGCGGACUGUGGAGCCGGGGCCCUUGCCCUGGCGGCGAUGACGAUGGUGGCUUCUGGACUCACUCAGCUCGAGGCCGGACAACUCGCGGUUGCACGGUUUGGAGAAGACCUCGACCUGCUUCACGGUUUCGGCGACCCUUUCACGGAGGAGGCUGGUGCCAAGAUUGUUGAUGGCUUUACCUUCGAUCAAAAGCGCACCAACACCGCUCACACCCUCGAAGGCCUGGUGUCUCUGUUGGAGGAGGCCCGAAGCGGGUUCUCGAUGUCUUCAGGAGGCGUCGGCAGCAAGGGCACCCCUCGCCAGCUGGUGCUGCUAUUGUCCGACGGCCGAUUCGAUCGAGAGAACAAAGAUCGCUUGCGAAAGCUGGUUCGAGAGAUGAAUGAGAGGGGACAGCUGCUGGUGCUCAUUGUCCUGGACAAGGAAGGGGACACGUCCAUCCUCAAGACGAGAGAGGCUACGUACGUCAACGGCAAGCUGGUGCUCACCAGCUACCUCGACAAGUACCCUUUCCCCCUCUACAUGUUGCUCAACCACAUCGAGGCUCUACCAGAGACUCUUGCGGAUGCCUUGAGGCAGUGGUUCGAGUUGCUGCAGCGUCAGACGUCUCGCUAG